GGUCUUUAUCAGUGAGCUCCAGCUGUGACACGCACUCUUCCUCUGAGAGCAACCGUAAGACACGCAGUCAUCUGAAGACUCGCAGCGCUGAAGGGAUUGGUAACCAUGAAGGGGCUUCUGCUCCUGAGUCUGCUCCUCUUGUUUGGAGGUCAAAGGUCAUCGGCCUGCCCCGACCUUUGCACCUGUCGGGGCACUAAAGUGGAUUGCAGCAAGAAGUCUCUCACCACGUCCUCACUACCCACCAGUUUCCCUGCUGGGACCACCGAGCUCUAUCUAAACAAUAAUUUGCUGACCACCCUCCCCAACGGGCUCCUGGAUGAUCUGACCUCUCUCCGCUCAGUCUCUUUUCAUGGUAACCCCUGGGCGUGUGACUGUGGCGUCCUCUACCUGCGUUCCUGGCUGCUGCAUCACCCCGAAAGCCUCGUGUCACACCUGGGCGUCAACUGCAGCUCCCCUCCCGACCUGAGGGGGCGGCUGGUGGUGUAUUUAACCGAGGAGGAGGUCCUGGAGUCCUGCCACUACUGGUUCUGCAACCUGGCUUUGGCGUCGCAGGUGUCUCUGUUUGUGUUUGUUGCGGUGCAGGUGGCUCUGCUCGUGGCUCUCGUCAUUUUCCUGAGGAGGUUCGAGAGGUUGUCCAAGGUGGCGAGAAGAACCAUAGAUGAGAGCUUCACAGCCGGGGAGGGGAACGGGGCCAACGAGUAUGCGCCGUUAAAAGACAGCAGCAUCUGAAGUGGAGCUGUUUAUGAUCUGCACACUGGAUAAAAACAGUCUGCCACUGAAUCCUUUGAGGUCCGGUGACAAAUUGUAGGAAUAACCUAUAUAAAUGAGUUAAUAUAACAUGAAUAUAAAUAAUUUGAAUCAUGUACAUCAUCACAUCACAAACCAGUUCUAUUUGAGGUACUAACAGAGGCUGGUAUUAAGGUCUCAAUGCACUUCUGAAAAAAUGUAUCUGUGUUGUUUUUGUUUUUUUUUUACCUUUGAUUUGUGAUUAUAUACCACCACUGGCCAGUGUAUACCAAUAUAUAACAUGAUAUUAAUGAUAUUAAGAGUUUGGUUAAAAAAAGAAAAAAGAAAACUAUCUGCUUUAAAUAAAAAUUAAUGUUUGUAAAAUUUAUUUAUUGUUUUAAAAAUAAAAACGGUGACAUGUUUAAUAUGUUGCAAUUUGUAUUAUUUUCUAACUGAAUUAUAUAGUAAUGUGUGUUUCAAAUGCAGUAAUGUACCAUUUUUUUUUAAAAAAAAAUGUAUAUACUGUGCUAAUUGUGAGGGGAAAAAAUACUCUGAUUGGUGUUAUUGUCACAUCCUUUUUUUUUUUUUUUUUUUACUUUCCUGAACCCCAAAACAAAACAUUGCUCACAUUGUGUGGUAUUGGUUAUUGUGUUUCUUAUUGAAUUGUGUCGACUUCUUUUUAAAUGCUGUUGAAUUACAAACUAAAAUAAAAAAGAUAAUUCAUUG